UCUCUCUCUACCAGUGCGCCUUCUUCUCCACCACCACGCUCCCUCUUCUUCCAUCUUCUUCUCUAUAUGCUCACUGAAUAUAAUAUUCCUCUUCCUCUCCAUUACUACCUCUCUCAGAUCUGCAGCACUCCUCUGUUCUCACACCUUCAAAUGACAAAUGUGUCUGCCUCUGUUAUUGGACCAACAAUCAGCGGCAGCACACACUAGACUUCGACUCCCAUGGCGGAACGCCGACUAGCUGAUCCCAUCAGGCUCCACCUGAGAAAAGAGCUCACUCAAAUCAGAAAAGCCUCCCGCGUCCUCCGAGACCCAGGUACCUCUUCCUCCUGGAAGAAAUCCCCUUUCCCCCCUCCUCCUUCCUCCUCCGCCGCCUCCAGAUCUGCCGGCGCCGCUCCUCCCUCCUCCAAUGCCGCCGACCCAAUUCCCAGCCGCCCUGUCUUCCUCUACAAUUGGAAGUCCUCCCACCAAAACCCCCUAAUUUCUGCUGCUUCUGCCGAUGGCGAUGAUUAUUAUUACGGCGAGUCCUGCUCCCUGCAGGAAGAGAGCCUCGACGGCAGCCUCACAGACGUCGGAGCUGCUGCUGCGGCGGCGGGGGAGAGCGACACCCAUGCAUUCUCCUCCUCUGUCGCAUCCAAGAUUCUCCGCUGCCGCGACGCUGCUCUGGUUUCUCCAUCGAUUAACAAGCGAGCUGCUCCGAUCAAGAAGCAGCGGGGUAAGAAAUCUGCUACCCGGUCGGAUGUUCUGUCUAGAUAUGGCCACCACCACAACCACAACAACAAACCUAAUUUGACCCAAUUGCUUAGAGAUCAUCCUUCUCUGGCUUUAGCCCUAGGCAGCAGAGAAGGGACUUCGGUUGACCAUUCCGAUGCCACUACCGAGGACCAUGCUUAUGCUCGUUCGGAGGAUUUGAGGAAGUUUCCUUCCGCAUCUCCAUUGCUGUUGAAGCUCAAGCACAAGAACUGGGCUCGCUCGCCAUCAGCAUUUCUGAGGCAGAGUAGUCAAAAGGAGGAUUCUUCUUACUCUUACAACACCCCUGCAUUGUCGACUAGCUCGUACAAUCGGUACUACAAUCGCAAUGCGAGCACCGUUGGAUCUUGGGACGCCACCACGAAUGAUGGAGUGGAUGAUGAUGAUGAGGAUGAUGAGAAUUUGGAUUUGGCUGGUGGUCGUGGAUGUGGGAUGCCUUGCUACUGGCCGAGGAGGACUCCUCGGCACAGUAGAGGGUCGUAUGGUGGUGGUAGUUGCUGCUCUCCUUCACUGUCGGAUACGUUGAGGAGGAAAGGAAGUCGGAUUCUUUGUGGUGGUAGUCAGUCGAUUGGUGGUCAUCGAUCGAGGCGUUCGUUAUCGGUGUCUGAUAAGAGGAGGAUCGCGUCGAGAAGUGCUCAGGGAGUUCUGCCAUUGCUGGCCGGUGGCAGAGGUGGAUCAUCUCUUGGUACUGCCUGCAGUGAUGAUGAACUAUCUGCAGCGAACUACGGGGAGCUUGAUAUGGAGGCAUUGAGUAGAUUGGAUGGGAGAAGGUGGUCAAACUGUAGGAGUGCAGAGGGGUUUGAGAUUGUUCCUGUGAAUGGAGGAGAUCUUGAAGGAGAAACUAGUCCUGAAAAUAUUAAGAGUUUGAGCCAAAAAUACAAGCCUGUCUUCUUCAGUGAGCUGAUUGGCCAGAACAUAGUUGUUCAUUCGCUAAUGAAUGCUGUUUCUCGGGGGAGGAUUGCCCCGGUCUAUCUUUUCCAGGGACCUCGCGGAACUGGGAAAACAUCAGCAGCCAGGAUUUUUAGCACUGCUUUGAAUUGCACUUUUACUGAUGUAACUAAACCUUGUGGGUACUGCUCAUCUUGUGCUGACUUCGUUUCUGGAAAUAGCAGAUUUCUGUGGGAAUUUGAUGGGACGAGUAAGCAAUGUGCUGACAAAAUGAGAUACCUUCUCAAAAUGGUUUCUCAAGCUCGCCAAUUGAGCUCUUCGCAUUAUCAGGUGUUUCUGGUUGAUGAAUGUCACCUGCUUCCAUCUAAGUUGUGGUUGGCGUUCCUUAAGUUCCUUGAGGAGCCACAUCGGGGAGUGGUGUUCAUAUUCAUCACAACAGAUCCUGACAAUGUGCCACGAACGGUACAGUCCCGAUGUCAGAAGUACCAGUUUAACAAAAUUAAAGAUGCAGAUAUUGUAUCGCGGUUAAGGAAAAUUUCUAGUGAAGAGAAUCUGGAUGUCGAAUCAGAUGCACUUGAUCUUAUAGCCAUGAACGCAGAUGGUUCACUUCGAGAUGCGGAGACUAUGUUAGACCAGUUGAGUCUUCUGGGGAAGAAGAUAACUACAUCAUUGGCGAAUGAACUUGUUGGAGUUGUCUCAGAUGAGAAAUUACUGGAACUUUUGGAGUUGGCAUUGUUAUCAGACACUACCGAAACAGUGAAAAGAGCCAGGGAUUUGAUGGACUCAGGGAUUGAUCCAAUGGUAUUGAUGUCUCAAUUGGCUAGCCUUAUAAUGGACAUCAUUGCUGGAAUUGGCAAUGCAGGCGAUGGCAGAUCUAGCAAUUCAUUCUUUGGUGGAAGAAGCUGACAAUACUUGUUCAUGUUUGUGCAAGAGUACGGCAGGAUACUAAUAGUUGCUCUGUCUCCUAACUGUGCUGUAGUGACUGAAGCAGAAGUGGAUAGAUUAAAGAAUGCCUUGAAGGUUCUGUCAGAUGCUGAAAAACAACUAAGGUUUUCCAGUGAUCGUUCGACAUGGUUCACUGCAACCCUUUUACAGCUUGGUUCAGUGCCUUCACUAGAACUCACAAUCUCAAGCAACAGUAAAAGGGGUAGCAGCUCCAGGACGACUGAGGAAGAUCCUUCAAGUGCUUCAAGAGGAGCAACGGUUUACAAACACAAGUCAGAUGCUCAGUCUCUACCAAGAAGAUCGAGUUCACCUGCUUCUUUGUACGAUGCAAUGAAUGGUAGCUCAUUUGGGUUGAAUUGCAAGUCCCCUCACAGUCAAUUGACGGGUACCUGUAGCUCGUCUCUUUCUCAGGAUGGGAGCAUGUCUGGUGACACACAAUCUCGACUUAGAGACUCAGAAAAGUUGGAUUUCAUCUGGGAGAAGUGCAUUGAGAAGUGUCACUCAAAGUCUCUGAGGCAGCUGUUACAUGCACAUGGGAAGCUUUUGUCCAUAGCAGAAGUUGAAGGUGUGCUGGUUGUGUAUGUUGCAUUCUUUGAUGGAGAAAUCAAAGCAAGAGCUGAAAGGUUUAUGAGUAGCAUCACAAACUCCAUAGAAAUGGUCUUGAGACGCAAUAUAGAAGUCAAAAUUAUCCUCGUCUCUGAUACUGACUUUCUUGUCAAUGGUUCACAACGAAGUGGUCCCAAGAGAAAGGGAAGUCGCUUGAAUCCACUGGAUGGUUAUUCAGAGCUUAGUGGCCCGGAAAGUAAGCUAAAGGGAGGGGUAGCAGGAGAACACUCUAAGUUGUCGCAAGAAUUGCUUCCUGAAGCUGAUGGCACUGAAAUGAAGGAAACUGGGAUAGCGAUACCAAUGCAAAGAAUAGAAUCUAUCAUCCGGGAGCAGAGGCUAGAAACUGCAUGGUUACAAACAGCAGAGAAAGGAGGCACACCGGGGACUUUAAGCCGGCUGAAACCAGAGAGGAAUCAGGUGCUACCUCAGGAGGAGAUAUACCACCAUCAAGAAAGAGAAAAGGAAACUUCAAAGCCAACAACGGGGUUGUCUCCACGUCAAUGGGAAGAGUUGAAUCAGGAACUGAAGCUUCUAAAGAUGCAGGAUCCAAAGGAGGUCUUGAUAAAGGAUCAACUUGGUAGAAGGGCUGGCCACAGUCCAAUAUCACCUAGCUUGCUUCAUAGUAACGGCUUCACCAACUUCUCAAACAGAGAAAGUGGGGGGUAUGAGUCAAGCACUGCAGGUGGAGGUUGCAGCGGGCUCUUCUGUUGGAAUGCACAGAAAUCCCACAGGCGAAAGGGUAAUUUUGCUACUGCGCGGUCUCGACGGAGAGUUGGAGGAUUUUCACUGUUUGGUGAGUGUGGAAAGCAAAAGAAGAGUGGGAGCAUGGCUAGAAGAAGGUAGCUCAUAUGGCAACAAUCCGAGUGCACUUGUGGGUCUGUGCUGUUUCUUCUGCGUUUCCUUUUGCCCCUUCUUUGUUUUCGCGACAUUUUUUUCAUUGAAAAAGCCUAUAUUAUUUCUUAGGUAGCGACAUUGCCCAGGAACAAUAACACCAGAAAUGUUUACGUCACUAUGUAAAGAGCGUCCUCACUUUUGUUUUUACUGCUAUAGACUCCCAUUUUGGUCAUGUUUUUUCCUCCAUUGAUGAAUAAGAGAAUCAAGGUUGUAGAUUUGGUCUUCAUUCUGGCUUGUUUCCAUUUGGAUAGUUCAAGUUUGAUCGACACAAAAAUGGAAGAACUUGGAAGAUAUCAAAACAUAAAUUGUCGAUGGAUUGCAUCCUGUGUAUUAUUGCCG